ACUCCCACAGAACCGUAACAAGGCCGGUACCGGUGCGCGCGCGCGCGUCGUCACAUUUACGGUUUGAAGACGGCGGAGCGGCUCCUCCAAUAGGAGCUUUAUGUAAAAAAAAAAAAAAAAAAAAAAAAAGGCGUGCCCGCCCCCUCCUCCGUCCCUCCCUCCCUCCACCCCUCAAAGUACUCAAUGUAUAGUUAAAAAAUGGGAGGGCACACUUGAACCGAGCUGCUCUAUGAAGGUAGGCUGCAGCGUGUGUUUAUUGAUGAGAUGAAAAGAAGGUGGAAGUGAGAAAUUCAACAAAGUAAAGGGACACGCUGAAGAAGGAAAAAAAACGAACCUUGUCCGGGGAGAAGAGGGGAAGCCGCGGAGACGCUGUCCGCACUUUUUCCAACGAGCUUCGGAGUGCAGAGCCACACAUGCAUUGGACAGAGAGGACUGACAGCUUUGCCUAACACAGGCCUGUUAUCAGCCACCUCCACCAGCAAACUGAAGCUUGACCCGCAACCUCAUCACCAGCCACACACACAUCUUCAUAGCAAAACGUCAUCUGACUGUGACAUCAGUUGCAAGGGGAUGACCGAGCGCAUUCAUAACAUCAAUCUUCACAACUUCAGCAAUUCUGUACUUGAGACCCUCAAUGAGCAGCGUAACCGUGGGCACUUCUGUGACGUGACAGUUCGGAUCCAUGGAAGUAUGCUGCGAGCUCACCGGUGUGUGCUGGCUGCUGGGAGCCCCUUCUUUCAGGACAAGCUGCUCUUGGGCUACAGCGACAUUGAGAUCCCUUCUGUGGUCUCUGUGCAAUCCAUCCAAAAGCUGAUUGACUUUAUGUAUAGUGGGAUCCUGCGGGUGUCUCAGUCAGAGGCCCUGCAGAUCCUCACUGCUGCCAGCAUCUUACAAAUCAAGACCGUCAUUGAUGAGUGUACCCGCAUCGUGUCUCAGAAUGUGGGCCUGGCUGGUCCAGGGGGGUUCCCUGUUAUACCAGGAGAUUCUGGUCAGGAAACACCUCGUGGCACACCCGAGUCUGGCACCUCCGGGCCCAGCAGUGACGCAGAGUCAGGUUAUAUGCAAGCAACAUCACAGCAAAGUGUAGAACGUGCUUACACAUCACUGUACCCCUACCAAGGCCUUUCUCUACACAAUGGCACCCGCGAGCGCCCCCUUUAUAUUAGCCCUGUGUCAACAAAUUAUGAUCAGAUUCUCAGCAUUCAGAAGGACCAGCAAUCUCAAGAUCCGCCCUGGAUUAACCGCAUCCAGGAGAGGUGUCAGCAAGUCAACCGCUUUGGCUCCACGGGAGAAUCCAUUCACUGCCGCAAGCAACCCCGACCGGUACGCCUACAAACAGGAGGAAUGCACAUAAAGCAGGAGGCUGACGAUGAGUAUAGUUGCUACGAUAAUUUGGAGGACUGCCAAGAGGACACUGAUCAUAAUGAGGGUGUGGAGAGUGAAUCCAAGGUGGAAAGUUUUGACUCAGGGGUUAGCUCCUCCAUUAGUACUGAGCCAGAUGCUUUGGAACAGCAGCCGUAUCUGACUAGCUUUGGGCGAGAAGUAGGUGGGGAAGGGCAGCAAGGUGAAGGAGGUUCACAGCAGAUAAAGGUCAGUGACUCUUCCCCUGAGCAGAUUCAAAGGACAGAGGACAGUGAUCCAUCCCACAGCACUAGUGACAGUAGCAUGAUGCAGCCUCUGCCAAACUCAGUCAUGUCCCAUUCCUUGACUGCCUUGCACUACAUACGCCAGGCAGAAACACGCACCAGCAAUCUAAGGAUGCCGCUCACCAGCAAUUCCCAGGUGAUGGGCUCUGCUGGAAACACCUUCUUGCCCCCACUCUUUUCUCCGCAGACAGGUAGAGAUAUUAAGCCUUUCCUCUACCUUCCCGGUCAGCACCAACAGUUUGCAAUGCCAUCAUUCCCAAAUCCGAUACAGACACCGCAAGCGCCAGCUCAGCAGCAGCAGCAGUCUUCAGGAGGAGGAAUGGGACAGGGAGAAAAGAAGCCCUAUGAAUGCACUCUCUGCAGUAAAACCUUUACUGCUAAACAGAACUACGUUAAACACAUGUUUGUCCAUACUGGUGAGAAGCCUCAUCAGUGCAGCAUCUGCUGGCGCUCGUUCUCUCUGAAGGAUUAUUUAAUCAAACACAUGGUGACACACACCAGGGGUGCGAGGACCUACCAGUGCAGCAUCUGCAACAAGCGUUUUACCCAGAAGAGCUCGCUCAAUGUCCACAUGCGGCUGCACCGCGGAGAGAAGUCCUACGAGUGCUACAUAUGUAAGAAGAAGUUCUCCCACAAAACCCUGCUGGAGAGGCACAUGGCGCUGCAUACAGCAGGCGGCGCUGUCAUGGGGCUGUUGGGGAGCGCAGGUACUGUGGGCCGAGUCUCCAUCCCCAUGCCUAUAGCUGCCCCCGAGCCCGGAGCUGGUGUAGCCCUCGCUAUGCCAGUGAGCGGUGGUGCUGGAGUAGGGGUCGGAACGGGAGUGGGCGUAGCCGCUGAAGCGAGCUGCCAAGAAGGGACCACCUACGUGUGCUCCGUCUGUCCUGCCAAGUUCGACCAAAUUGAGCUCUUCAAUGACCACAUGCGAAUGCAUGUCUCCGAUGGAUAAGUACAACUAGAUAAACUUCUUUCAAAAAGAAUGAAUACAAAAUGGCACUAGA